AUGUUAAGAAAUAUAAUUGUGAUAAUUGUCUUGAGUAGAUUUGCAUGUUGCAUAAAUCAUGAACAAGAAGAUUAUAUCCAAGUUGAAAACAAGGGAACAGCUCGAAGUUCCCCACCUUAUAAAGUUCCAUAUUAUGAUUCGAAAAAUCAGAAAAAAGUUUACACAAACAAAGGUGAACCACAAAAGUCUGCAAAAAUUAUUAUAAGAUACGAACCAACUGAUAAUGUUCGAGUGAUGACACCAAUAUCAAGAGAAGAUAUCAGAAUGAUAAAAAAGUUAUCAUUUCAUGGUAGAACUCCACCAUCGUCUACAAACAAUAAAAACACAACUGUUGGCAUGUCGCGAUCUUCAUCACCUAAACAAUUCAAUCUGAAUCAUAGGAAAUAUGAACAUCAACAGAAAUUUGAUUCAGAACGCAAUCGUAUUAAUAAUAUCAGAGUAACAGAUAAGAAAUUCAUUCCUAAAGAAAAAGGUUUUCUUCCGUUGUUUAAUCCGUCGCCUAUAAGCAUUCAACCAAUUGAACCUCGAAGCUUUGAAACGACGAGAAAUUACGUUGAUUUCCUUAAAAUGCGUAAUCAGAAGUAUUACGAUGAGCUUGACGAAGACUCGAACGAAGACAUUAACCAAGAGCCAAACGAAGAAAUUGAAUACUUUGUGAAACGUGAAAAGGAACUUGUGGAAGAGCAACGACCGAAGCUUGAACGUGAAUUCAUUGCAACUGAAAGUGGGGAUAUUGAAAGCAUAAAUGAUCAAAAUAUCGAUGAAAAUAUGAACAGACAAAACGUUGAGGUUUACAACAAUGAAAACGAAAAUGAUGACAAUGAAGACCAAAUGUCUUUGAGAAAUGAAAAAUUUAUUCCAUUUCGAUUGUACGCUCAAGUAAGACAUGUUGAAGCUGAAAGUCACAAACCAAAGUCUUAUGCUUCACAUCCACAAGCGAAGGAAAGAUUAACAUUGGAAAAGAAAAACUUGUACUACAAAGAAGAAGGUUUCGAAGACACUGAUUAUAACCACGGAAGUGAAAAAGUAAAUUCACAUUUUAGAGUACGAAGAGAUGCUGAAGAAGAAGUUGAACAACCAAUGGCUCUUGCCAUUAUAAAGAAAUCUGAUUUACCUGAGCUGACGGGAGAAAAGCUUUUAAAGCAAUUAGAUGAAUUGUUGAAAAAAACUUCUUUGUAUCUCCCAGAUGAUGACGACGAAGAUGAUGUAACUGAUAAUGAAAGCAGGAGGAAGAGACGACUUUCAAAGACAAUUUAUGGAACAAAAACAAAUACGAAAUCUCAUAAAUAUCCUUACUAUAAUCUCCCCGACUCACAGACACUCGAUACUAUGUCAGCUUUCAGAUAUUCGGAAAAUAUAAGAAAUUUCCCACGAGCUAAAGAAUCACUUUACAAUUUUAAAAAUGCAAAAAUUUGUGAAGAUAUCGAUCGUGAUAUAAAUCCUGUCCCACAUGACAUUGAAGAAAAAGGUAAACGAACAAGUUACAACAAAUCACCUCAGAGAUUAAAUGACUUGGGAGAAAAAAUUUCAUGUUAUAAAACAAAGUAUUUCGGAAAGGAACCUUUCGAUAAUCCUUUGUUUAAAGAGAAAUAUGUGGCAGCGUCAAUUCCAAUUCCAUUAAAAGAUUCGACUGUCAUUCCGCAUCAAGUAAAUCCUCUCAUAACUGUUUACGAUGAUGUCAUAAGUAACAUAAGGGCAGCAUUUGCAGAUGAAUUGAAAAAGAAGCAAGAAGAAGAGGCGCUUAGAACAACCACGACUACACUAGCACCAUUGCCUGUAACUAAACCUUAUAGCUACUCAAAAGUUUCAGCUCCAGAUAUAAGAAUUGUCAAUUUAAAUUAUUCUCCUGGUGCUGGCUCUAUUCGCCUGCCACUUUAUGAUGCCACAAAUUAUUACCCAAAGCCAAAUGUAACAGCAAAAAUAGAAACUUCUUCAACUCCAUCCAUCAAAUACGCUUACAAAUUGGAAUACUUUGAUAAACCAAUUCCAGAUCCCUCAGGCCAUCAAAUCAUUAAUCAAAAAGCAGGGGAAAAAGUCAUCAAAAACUUAAGGCCACCAAACUUACAACCUGAUCAUAGAAGGAGAAGAAAUCCCGCAAAUCAAAAAAAUUUUCAACAAGUUCGAAGUCAAACUGUGUCACAUUAUCUUCAACCACCAAAUGCGGCGAAUGAAAGGUUUAAAUUUAAGCUUCUUUAA